GUAUCCAUCAGCCCUACGCCACGGUUAUUCACGAUAUCCAGCUUAGCGCUGGUCAAUUCAUUCAUAGUGGACACGGCACCAACCUUGGCGAUAACUCUUACAGUGCCUUCAAAGUGGUGGUUCAAUGGAGGCCCCACCAGACUCGAAUCAAAAUGAGGAUGCGCUUGCGGUCGUCGCCGUCAAGCGGGACCGGCGCGCUGGGAACAUAGUCACGGAUUCGGCGGCAGCCCUGCUCUCCUCGAGCCUCUUCUCGACCAUGUUCUACCCCUUGCACCGGAUUAAGAUCCUUCUUCAGACGCAGGACUCGAACCCGCUCAUCACCAGUGGCCAGGUGCGGCGCUACACCAUCGUGGACUCGGUGCCCCGGCUGCUGCGCGAGGGCGGCGUGCGGGAGCUGUGGCGCGGCAACGGCGCCUACAUGCUCCGCCACGUGCCCUCCACCACCCUGUCCUUCGCCUUCAAGGACGCACUGCUGCGCCACGUGCUGCCACACAUAGACCUGGCGCCGCCGCCGCCACCUCCGCCGCAGCCAUCACCGCCUGAUGCAGCGGUUGCUGGAGGCGGGAGAGGCGCUUCCGGCGCUGCCGCGGGGCCAGGGCCGGGCUCGAUCGCGGGUGCGCCGGGUUGGAGCCGGGUGGACCGGGAGCGGCUGGAGGCGGAGCGUGUGGCGCGGGACCGGGAAGGCAUGAAGCGGUUCGCGGCGGCCACGGCCGUCAAUCUGGCGGCUGGGUUCCUGGGCGGCGCGGCGGCGCUGCUGCUGGUGUACCCACUGGACUUUGCGACCAUCAGGAUGGCAUCUGAACUGCGGAAACAGAAGAAGUCAAUAGGCAUGCUGGAGACGCUGAAGAGCACGCAGCGCGCGGGCGGGCUGCGGGCGCUGUACCGCGGGUACGGCGUGUCGGCACUGGCCAUCGGGGCGUACAAGAGCCUGUACUUCGGGCUGUACGACACCGCGGUGGCCGCCAUGGAGCAGCGGAACGCGCGGAGAGCGGCCGCCGCCGCCGCCGCGGCCACGGGCGGCACCGCGCAGUCGCCGCGCCUGGCGCCCCACCACCUGGUCCCCCAGCACCUCCACUCCCACGCCGCCCACGCCGCCGCCCCCUCCCAUGCACUGCACGCGCACGCGGCGCACCACGGCCCCACCGUGCUGGAGCGCUGGGCGGCAGCCAAUGUGGUAGUGCUGGCGGCGUCCUCAAUCACCUACCCGCUAGACGUGGUCCGCAAGCGGCUGGUGGCCGACACGGCGAUGGGUCCGGGGCGGCAGCAGUUCCGGGGCUUCAUGGACUGUGUGACCAAGAUCGUGCGUACCGAGGGCCUGCCCGGCUUCUACCGCUUCUACGGCUACGACAUGCUGCUGCGGCUGGGCGGCGGCGUGCUGCUGGUGCUGUACGACGAGCUCAAGGCGCACGGCGCCGGCCGCAUGAGGCAGCAGGUGAUGCAGCUGGCGGCGAGAGGGGGCGAGGGCGGAGGCGGGAGCGGAGGCGGGAGCGGAGGAGGGGGCGGAGGUCGGCAGUAGUAGAGGCGCGGCGCGGGAGUGGAGGCGCGGGUGAUGGCAGUGGGCUGAGAUGGCAGUGGGCUCGUGAUUGCCGGGCCGGAAUGUGUGGCGGGCGGGUGUGUGUGGGCGGAUGUGGCGUGUCGCGGGAGUGUGUGUGUGUGUGAGGCGGGAGAAUGAUGCGGGAGUGUGUGACAGGCGUGUGUGGCAGAACUGUGUGACCGGACCGUGUGAUUGUUCCAGAGGGUGCCGAGCGGGGAUAGGGCCAGCCACGGCUACGCCUCCAACAUUGCUGAGGGCCACGAUUGCCGUGGUGGUUAAUAAGGACAUGCACCGGGACGCCCAAAUGCAUCACCACAUGACUAUGCCGGUUUUGCGACUGGCUUCAGGGGGCCUAACGUGGCGGUAUGGUGACCGUCCGGAGCGACAGAGAGUGGUAGCACGCACGGUACGCACUGGUAGUGUUGCCGGGCAGGCGGGCACUGUACACGCUGCAAUAAUCAGCGCGCAGGCGGCCUGUGCAUGUGCGCGGCCCGCAUGACGCAUGGAGGCACGUAUGGUAUGGCACUGCUGCUCUGUGUGGGUGCAAGCGUAAGAGGAGAACACGCUGACCAAUGCCGAUUGAUUGCCGAACAAUAAACAGCGACAAAGGAAGAGUGGAAGGCUAGGAGCGUUUGAUUGUUGGGACCAGAUGCGCAUACGAGCGAGAGGGAGACUGAGAGAGUCGUGUGAGUGGGGGUAGCUCUUGCCUUGAGAGCGCCUCCUGCUCAAGGUGUCAGGGGUUGCAAGUACGCGUGAAAUUUAAUUCGUGGCAGGAUGCGGCACCACGUGAUGCGGCACCCCGGCGAAUCUGCAGCGUGGCGGGGCUAUCCUGAUGCUACCUCCGCGGUCUUGCUGACUCUGAUGGUGUGCCAUGCCCUUCUGCACGAGGGGGCCUGAGGGCUGAGGGGGCUGUUCGGAUUGUGCACACGUGCGGGCAAUGGGCUGGAGCGAUCAAGUAAACGCAAUGGCCAAUGGG